AUGAUGCACCCAUCGCGUAGGGCGUAUGUUGAGGAGGCUGAAGCAGAGGAGCGCGGCGGAAUUGACCUGGAUUCCAUCCCGAUUGAUCGCGAUUAUGACGUUCCCGGCGCCGGCGCCGGCAUCGCGUCAGAGAAAGCCUCAGCUCUCCUAUCCCAAUUCGAACGAAAAAGGCUAGCAGCGUCUAUCGCUGUUCCUACCGAUGAUGGACGGGUACGAGCCAAACUUCGAGAGCUCGGCGAGCCCGUCACGCUCUUCGGCGAGGGCCCGGCCGACAGGCGUGACAGGCUGCGGGAGCUCCUCACAGAGCAGGCACAACAAGCCGCCCGCCAGGAGAGCGCCGAUGUAGAAAUGAAAGACGCUGAAAAGUCAGAAGAGGAGGAAGCUGAGGAGCAAGAGGAGGAAUUCUACUCCAAGGGGACAGACGAGCUCCUCCAGGCCAGGAUAGACAUUGCCCACUAUUCAAUCCCUCGGGCGAAACGGCGCAUCGAGUUCCAGAAAAAGGAAGCCAGCAUACCUUUACGCACCCAUGUCAAGUUCCGGAAGGAAAUUAAGGAGCGCCUCCAGACCUACGAGCUCCAGGGCAGUCAAGCCGCGGGAGACCGGCAUGUCAGCAUGACAAGGAUUUCGCCGAACGGGAAGAUGGUGGCAACGGGUAACUGGGGCGGCCAGGUUAAACUUAUUGAUAUCCCCAGCCUAGAGCAGAGGCGGCUAUUAAGAGGCCAUACAAACAAGAUUAGCGGCAUUGCUUGGAUGCCCGACGCUACCUUGGACGGAAGCAACGUGUCGGAGAACGCGGUGAAUCUGGCCUCAGGAGGAGCGGAGGGCCAAAUCCACCUGUGGUCUUUAACCCAGGAUACGCCUCUCUCUACCCUCUCCGGACACGCUCAGCGAGUCUGCCGCGUCGAGUUUCAUCCAUCCGGGAAAUAUCUGGCAUCCGCCUCAGAGGAUACGUCGUGGAGAUUAUGGGACGUGGAAACAGCGACAGAGCUGCUCCUUCAGGAGGGCCACUCGCGCGGAGUAUAUGCCGUCAGCUUCAGCACUGACGGGUCCUUGCUGGCCAGCGCAGGGUUGGACAGCAUCGGGCGUAUCUGGGAUUUGCGUUCAGGCCGCACCGUGAUGAUACUAGACGGCCAUCUGGACGGGCACAUCAAGCCCAUCUACGGCCUUGACUGGGGAUCAGACGGCCACCGGGUCCUGACAGCCUCGGCAGACGGGUGGAUCAAGUGCUGGGAUGUCCGGAAGGUACAACGGACGGGAGGUAUUGGUGCGCACACAAGCGCAGUGUCCGAUGUGAGGUGGUUCAAAGGCUUGGAUGAUCCAUUGUUGGGAACCCCGCCGGGCGAAGACGAAAGGGGCAUGCAGCUUCCCAAGAAGUCCGGCAUGUUCCUGGUUUCGGCAGGGUUUGACCACAAGGUCAAUGUCUUCUCAGCUGACGAUUGGGCUCUUGUCCAGUCGCUCACAGGCCACACAGGCCCCGUUGCGAGCGUGGACGUCAGCAGAGACGGGAAAUGGAUUGUCAGCGGCGGCCACGACCGGACAGUCAAGCUUUGGGGGCGUAACGACUCUGCAGGGUUGUACGGCGAGGACUAG